CAAAGGAUAAUCACAUGAGUCGGAAUCAAAUGGCGCCGGCAGGUGAGGUGCAGGUGGAAAAAGAAAGUGGGCACUGAAGAUGUUUGUAAAAUGUGUGGACAGAAUGACAUAAUUGUACUAGAAUGGAUUAUCUCUAACUGAACUGUAUAUUCAAAGAUGGAUACGGCAAGACGACGAUGGGAUUGCUUCAAACGUCAGAUACCUACAGACAGAUCAAUCUAUGUGGACAACAAAGCCCCGGUCAGCGAGAGCCCAGAAGUGGCCAUACACCAACAUCAGCACUACCCCAACAACAGGGUGGUCUCAUCAAAGUACACAGUUUGGAACUUCAUACCAAAGAAUUUAUUUGAACAGUUUAGAAGAAUUGCCAACUUUUAUUUCCUGUGUGUGGGAAUUAUACAGUUGAUAAUAGACAGUCCUGUGAGCCCAGCCACCAGUAUAGUCCCUCUAGUGUUUGUAGUGACUGUCACAGCCAUCAAACAGGGGUAUGAGGACUGGUUACGACACAAAGCAGACAAUGAGGUCAACAAUAGAAAAGCAUUUAUCGUCCACAAUGGGGAGUUGACACAAAUAAAGGCACAGAAUAUUAAGGUGGGAGACAUAGUGAAAGUGGAAGCAAAUCAAGGUUUCCCAUGUGACUUGGUGAUGAUAUCCUCCCAUGAUCCCGAGGGGAAAUGUUACGUCACAACAGCUAACUUAGAUGGCGAAACCAAUUUAAAGACUCAUUUUUGUGUUCCGGAGACGAGAAAGUUUCAGAAGGAAGGCGAAUUCACCAAUCUAUGUGCCAACAUUGAAUGCCAGCAACCUAUUGCAGAUCUCUACAAGUUUAUUGGUCGUAUAAAAGUGUACAAUGAUUCCCACCAUGUUCUGAAAUCCUUGGGACCAGAAAACAUCCUGCUUAGGGGAGCCAGACUUAAAAAUACACCUUUUGUAUAUGGUUGUGCAAUUUAUACGGGUCCAGAUACAAAAAUGGCCUUGAAUUCAAAGGCCAAAAGCACCAAAUUUUCCAGAGUUGAAAGGGGUAUGAAUACUUACCUGAUCAUAUUCCUGGUAAUCCUGCUGUUGGAGGCGUUAGUGAGUACUAUUCUGUCAUACUGGUAUAUGGGUCAGGACAGAAUCGGGAACCCAUGGUACAUACCGGACGCCAAGCAAGAUGUAAAUGCUAAGAAUGUGAUAUCAGAUUUCCUCUCCUUCAUGAUUCUUUACAACUACAUCAUUCCUAUUUCUUUGUAUGUUACUGUUGAGGUCCAGAAGUUUGUGGGUUCUAUGUUUUUACAAUGGGAUUUAGAAAUGUAUGAUGAGGAUUCAGAUACCACUGCCCAGGCCAACACAUCCGACCUAAACGAAGAACUCGGUCAGGUGGAGUACCUGUUUACUGAUAAGACAGGGACCCUGACAGAGAACGACAUGCAAUUCCGACAGUGUUCAAUUAAUGCAAUCAAAUACGAGGAAAUUGGUGGACACAUCCACGAGAUGGCGCCACAGGGAGGGCAGAGCACCCCCGUAAUUCGUCUCACGGCAGAAGAAAAGAAAUCCUUUCUUUGCAAGGCUGAGAUAGAGGAGUUUCUGGAGUUACUUGCCCUUUGUCACACUGUGCGGGUCGAUCACCGCGAAGCGACAGAGACGGGGGCGUCGACCCUCUAUAGUAACACGGGAAUGGACUACGAGUAUCAGUCCUCGUCCCCUGAUGAGAAAGCCUUUGUGGAGGCCUGCUGCAGGUACGGAGUUGUUUUUCACGGUAUCAGAGACGACCAUUUAGAGGUAACAUUCCACGGAGAGAUGCGGAGAUACAGACUGCUUCAUGUUCUGGAGUUUGACGCCACAAGGAAAAGAAUGAGUGUCAUCAUCCAGAAAGAAAACGAUGAAAUUGUGCUGUUGUGUAAGGGAGCUGAGACAGCCGUGUUGAAGAUGGGAAUAUCUGGGGAAACUGACCGAACCAACGAUCACAUUCACGACUAUGCAGUGCUUGGACUGAGAACAUUGGCCCUAGGCAAGAGAGUGUUGACACUAAAAGAAUAUGAGAGGAUGAAUGGCAUGUUGACUGAGGCCAGGAAUUCAUUGGACGGUCGGGAAGAAAAGUUGCAAGAAGCCUUCCAGGCAAUAGAGAAAGACCUUCACAUUCUCGGUGCCACUGCAGUGGAGGACAGGCUUCAGGACGGUGUCCCAGAAACCAUCACCACUCUACGCAGAGCAGGCAUCAAGGUGUGGGUAUUGACUGGUGACAAGGAGGAGACGGCAGUCAAUAUCAGUUAUUCUGCUGGACACAUCAUCGACGGAAUGGAGGAACUUCGUGUGACAAAAGCCACGUGUACUGAUCACACGAGAUGUGGGGAGGAAAUCGCUAAACAUAUCCACAGAAUUCAAGAUCGGAGUCCCUCCAGCCAGCAGUUUGUGUUGAUUGUAGAUGGCUUUAGCCUGACUUUUGCCCUUGGAGAGCAUACUGAAGUAUUCCGAGAACUAUGCCAAAUGUGUGCAGCAGUUUUAUGCUGUAGGAUGUCCCCAUUACAGAAGGCUGAGGUUGUGAAGCUGAUGAAAACUGCCAGUCACGCCCCAGUAACGGCAGCUAUAGGGGACGGUGCUAAUGAUGUCAGCAUGAUUCAGGAAGCCCAUGUGGGAUUAGGAGUCAUGGGAAAAGAGGGGAGACAGGCUGUUCGUAACAGUGACUAUGCGUUCGCCAAGUUCCGGUUUUUACAGCGUCUUCUUUUAGUCCAUGGCCAUUAUUUUUACUACCGACUGACAACUCUAGUUCAAUAUUUCUUUUACAAAAAUGUAGCAUUUAUCACCAUGCAGUUGUUCUUUGCUUUUCAAUCUGCUUUUUCACAACAGUCCCUGGUGUCGAGCUUUCAUCUAAUGUUUUACAACAUCACCAUGACGUCCCUCCCCAUCUUCAUUUACAGCUUGUUCGAACAGCACAUAUCACAACGAGAUCUCAUCGAAAAACCACACCUAUACAAAAAUAUAACAAGAAAUAGUAAAUUAGACAAAAGGAACUUUCUACGAUGGAAUGUAUUAGGAUUAUGGCAUGUUUUUGUGUUCUUCUUUGGUGUUUUGUUUUUGUUUGGAGACGAUGUCCCACUGUGGCCUGAUGGGAAGAUGAUGGGACUCCUGAGUUUCGGCACCAUAGCUUAUACAGUCUGUGUUAUUGCAGUCAAUCUGAAGCUGUGCCUGGAGACGUACUACUGGCCACUUCCUAUGUUCAUGGCUUAUGUCGUCACUGGCGUGGGCAAUCUCUGUAUGACUCUCCUGUACACCAUGAUCAUAUGGCCGGCUUUUAUACAGUCACUACAGGACAACUAUAAAGUGUACACCACCUCUCUGUCCAGUGGUACCGUCUGGUUAGGUAUUGUGUUGCUGCCACUCAUAGCCCUGUUCCCAGACGUCAUCAUCAGGGUGGCCCGAGACACCAGCAGUCUCGUGUCAGAGACCACCAAACAGCGGAGAUCACAAAUAGGUAAGUGUCAGUAUAAUGUUUGUGUGCAUGUCAUUAUCUGUCAAAUUUGUGUUAGAGGAAUUCAAACUGACCAACAUUUAAAUUUUUUUUAUUUUUAUCUAAUUCUUUACUGCUAUCCAUACUUGUUCGUCGUGCAAUGUAAACUUAUGAAAAUGUUCUACUUCUCAGGAACAUGGUGGGUAAAUUCUUGUAGUAUGGGGACCAAAACUUAUGUGAAUGUUUGGGUUUUACAAUGUAGUCCUUUUGGGGACCGAGGAGUGGGGCAAAACUACUAGCUGUUUACUUUGUAAAUUUAGCAUAUGAAAUGUGUACAUAAAAAUAUAACAAUCACAGGGGUCUCUACUGGAAUUGUAAACUGCAUUCAUGAUCCCCAGGGUCUAAGGUUGAGACUUGGGGGCAAGGCUUUUUUGUAGUGGAAAUGCCUUUAAAAAUGUUCAUGCAGUGCCUAGUUUUGAGCAUGAAGGCAUUUAACAGAAUUCUGAUACUCGUAUGGCUUCUGGGUCUGGUUUUUAAGUUUUCCAGCGAGGAUCGGGGCUAUGAGUCAUGACCAGAAAAUGCAUUAUGUAGAAAACUAACCGGAUUAGGUAGUGUUCAUCACUUUGUCUUUAUUUUUAGGGGGGGGGGGGGGUGUUCUGGCCAUAUAUCUGUAAUGGAACAACAGUAGAAGGUGAGAUAUUUAUGACCAGACAAUAUGUGGUGAUGCUACAACAAGGUCAUGUGACAAAGGUCAAAUCUAAAAAUAACAUUUAUUUAGAAAUAUUUGUCUGCACCACAACAUUUUAAUGAUGAGAAAGUAGACGCUUUCAUUGUUUUCGUGCCCCAAUAUCACAAACAGCUUCGACAUCUACUCCUCGCUUGUAAUAUACUCGGGUGAACGUUGAGGUUCUUGGGUCUCUGAAUUUUCAAGUUUAGAGGGUGUGUGUAAAUUUUGAAAAAAGUGAUUUAAUAUUUUCAUGUUGUAACAUAUUGCAUUGUUGGACUGAAAAUUAAAAAACAAACAACCCCCCAAAACCCCCCAGAAAAACUUGAAAUAAUUUUACCCAAGCUGUUCCCCAAAUACAUGUAUAGUGAUAGCUGAUUUUCUGAUAGAUGACCCAGAAUGAGGUCAAGGUCAGUCGUUGAAUUGUUGUACGUGACUUAGUAGAGCACUAAACAAAGAUUUAAAUCUAGAUCUACAGGAUGUUUUAAUUCUUUAGCAGCAUUCAUGUAAAUGAUUUAACGUAAAGUUAAUGUGGUUUUAGUACUGCGAUACUGAUGUGAGCACAUUACUAAUAAAUGCAUCUGUCAUUGGUGUCAUUUAGCUUAGUCUUUGGGAUAUAAUGGAGGCACUUAUUUCACUGUAUUGCAUGUAAAUGGUGGACUUAUGAUGGGUCUAACACUUGAACUACUGUCAAUCGGAUUAAAAUCAGCUCCUCUAUCCACUCCUUUUUUUUUUUUAUGGAGGAGCUGAUUUUAAUCGGAUUGGAAGUACUGUAAACCAACUGAAAUCUAUGACUAAUUUGAUCUUUUAUUAACAGAUCAUUAACGGGAAAAGUAUAUGCAUUGAGUAAUAUUUUCUAUGGAGAUCACGUGUACGCUUUAUGUACUACCGUUACAAAUGGUUAGUGAAAGCGAUUGUACGUUAGGAUUGGUUUAUAGCGAUGGAUAUAAACAAAAACAAAAAAAACUGUAGCACGUGAAUCUGGCAAAAUUUCCCCACCCACGAAUUAAAGUUGGCUUACAGUACCCAGCACUAACAGUGCACAUUAGAUCUUUUGAAAUUACUUUUUACAAAUUUGCGAGAAGUAGAAAAAGAAAAAUGUGACAAUGAGUGAAAUAAUACAUUGCAGUAAGGAUUAAUUUUUUAUGGAUAACUUUCAGGUCCAUUCUGAGUCCUGCGUUCCACUACAGCCUCUGUCCAGCUGCGGCACACAGAAAUUCAUCAAGGACCCUAUAGCGGAGGACAGCUCACCGGUCAUCAAACUUCGCUCAAUAUCCAAGACGCGUAUGUGAUCGUGUCAUCCUCUGUCCAUUGUGGUGCUGGUGUGUGAUAGAAUACACCUUAUGUUUAUACAGUUAGUCAACAAAUAUAUUUUAUGAAGAACUUUAUUUUGUACACAAUCGAUGCAUAUUCAAUUUACUGUCAAAGUGCCAUUUUAUGACCAAAUGUAUAUUGAAGUCCAUGUAUACUGUAAUUUAUUAUUGUGUUUAGAAAUAUGUUUCCACUUCAAGGUUUAUAAUUCUGAAUUGUUUUUUUUAGAGAAGGUUUUCUAUUAAGUAAAAAAAAUACCAAAGAUAUACACAUAUAGUGCUAUCUGACAAGGCUUUAUGUUUUCUGGUGAAAAAUUGCACAAAGAGAGACACCCCCACUCCUGCUCCCCCCACAGUUUGUUUGGGGUUUCUUUGCUACAAAUUCUGGGUCUUUCUCAGAAUGAUUGUUCAGUAUGAAGGUGAUUUUUAGACCCCCAAAAAAGUGAAAUUAUUACAUACUCAGGAGACUAAUUUUUUACCCAUUCUGUUGAAGAUUGAUGACCACAAAGUUCUAUUUAAACUGCCAAUACUUGGCAUUUUUCAGCAGAUAUUUACUGUUUCACAUUAAAAAUUUCAUGACAAAAUAAACAUGUAAUGUUAAAUCGUCCGUGACUUGAGGAGAUACUGAGUUCAUUAUUUUUCUGUUGUGAAUGUUGUCUUGUUGAUGGAAACCAUGGAUGGCAUAUUUUUUUCUGUUAAUUGUUAAUUAAUUUAUGUAUAUUGUAUGUUAAUUGUUGUAAUCAGUUCCUCAUUUUCAAAGAAAUCAACGAAUUUGCUAUAUCGUCAUCAUUAUCUGUGAUAUUUGUACAUACAAUGUAACUACGAUGCUCUGCACAUCAAAUUCUGUGAUGACGUUUUUGAUUUCUAGGAAAUUUAGUCUUUAAUCAAAAAUUGGGAUACUUAAUACAUGUCAAUAGAAAUACUGUGUUGUGGCAUGUCAGGUGAUAUGACAGUUGAGUUAUUUUUUAAUUUCAAUAUGUAUGACCAGCACCUUGAGAUGUUAAAAGUGGUCUAGUCCCAGCUCAGUUUAUAGAUAUUCUACAUGUCAUAAUCAUCAAUGACACCCCACACCCAAAAUCAUCAUCAGUGACCCACCCCACCCCCAAUCAUCAUCAGUGACCCACCCCACCCCCAAUCAUCAUCAGUGACACCUCACACCCAAAAUCAUCAUCAGUGACCCACCCCACCCCCGGUUUUCUUUUCUUUUUCCUCUUCAUGAAUAAAUUGCCAACAAGAUAACAUUCAGUGACCAUAGGACAUAAGUUUGUGUCACAUGUUGCUAUUUCAUUGUGUUAACCAUAGGACAUAGGACAUAAGUGCGUGUCACAUGUUGCUAUUUCAUUGUGUUAACCAUGGACAUAGGACAUAAGUGCGUGUCACAUGUUGCUAUUUCAUUGUGUUAACCAUGGACAUAGGACAUAAGUGCGUGUCACAUGUUGCUAUUUCAUUGUGUUAACCAUGGACAUAGGACAUAAGUGCGUGUCACAUGUUGCUAUUUCAUUGUGUUAACCAUGGACAUAGGACAUAAGUGCGUGUCACAUGUUGCUAUUUCAUUGUGUUAACCAUGGAUGAGCAUGUAAGUGAUACCAUUGUCAGAACAUGAAAAUUAGAAAUUAGGUUUUGGUGAAAUAUUUGAAGGAUGCUAUUUGUAGUAGAUGACACAAUUAUAAAGGUAAUUUGCAUUGUAAAAAUGGAACAAAAGACAUUUUGAAAUGUACCUACAACUGUAUGCCUGUAAACAGGUGCUAGUGAGUUGGACGAUACUUUAUGCUCUACUGACUACGGAGAGAAGACAGAACUCCUGAAUUUAAAGUAUAAUAACAGAAUCAUCAUGUUUUGUUGUUGAAAGACUCCAGCUUGAUCAUCGACAUGUACUACCUUGUAUAUUUUAAGUACAAAAGGCAGGUUCUCAAAGUUGUACAUUUGUAGGUACACUACUAGGUAUUCCAUGUUAAUGUAGCAGAGAGAAUUGUAUUGAAAAUUAAAAAAAAAAUCCAAUUGACAGCAAUGUUUAGGUUUACAAAAUUCAUGAUUUAAAGAAAUUUAUUUAGUCAGAAAUAAAACAUAUUGUAAGAUGAAAGUAUAGAACUUCAGUGGAAAAUACCACCAUAAUCCAAAUUGUACUUAUCCAGAUAUCUUUUAUAUAGUGUAUACAUUUAUAGGUACACAGAACAAUUAAAGACGUCAGCUUUUGUUUGGGCCUGUAUUACAUUUCAAACAGCUUUAAAAAAUAAUGAACUACCCUGUACAUUUCUCUAGAUUUGUCUGUUGUGUUUGAUAUCUUUUCUCCUCCCCCCCCCUUUUUUUUUUUAUCAAUGUAAGGAGACAAUAAGACUGAACUCUACCGGGAAUAACAUCAUGCCUGUCAUAGUUAUGGUAGCUUUAAUUUGCUGCAGUAGUGAGCAGAGGUUUUUUUUCUGACUUGAUCAGGUAUUCUAAAACCUAUUUCCAGUUGUCUCCCUUUUUGAGGCUUGCUGAGUAAUUACUGAUUAUAUCAUAAUUUGGUUGAUAAUGUUGUUUGAUUGUAGUUUGCCUCAUCAAAUUAAUGUUUAGCAUCUUGAAAUAUAAAUUAUUUUACAUUAAGUCAGUAAAAAUUCAAUGACCAAGUAUGAUGUUAAGUCUAUAUUCUUUUUGGCAGAAAAACAAAUGAUAUACUGGCCCCAUUAACAUACAGUUUUUUGAGGUAUUUUUGUUGUUGUUUUCUUGACCAGAGAGUGAUUUUUUUCUGUACAGUGUUGUGAUUUGAAUAUUUUGAAUUAAGGAGUAUGCACUAACCAUGUUCAGUCUUGUUCUUAACUUUAAAAGUUACUCCGGCCAUUUUGGCCUGCUUUUUCAUCAGUUUAGUGAAGUUUUGAUGGAAACCAACAUUUUUCAGGUGAAUGGAAUUUCCUGGAUGUUUUGUUUGUUAUUGUCACUUUGGUAAUGUGUUUUUUAAACAACCCCCCCCCCACCCACCCACCCACCCCCCGACUUUUGUACUGAUCUUGUGCUAAUAUGAUAGUUUAAAGUGCUAUGAAAACUUGUACUUGUCAACAAAAGAAUUUUCAUCAUUUAUCAUUCAAAGUGGGUUUUUUUUCUCUGUGCCCAAGUACUUAUGUCAAUAGAUACAUGUACAUACAUGCUACAUGUGUAUAUUUUUAAAAUCAUUGUAGAUAAUAAAGAAUUGGCAAACAAA